AUGUGUAAAGGAUUAACAUCGAUGCCCGUCUGCUGCUUGGAAAGGGCCAAGGAGCUGAAAGCAAGGCUGCGAAAUGUUUUGCAGAGACCAACCCUGGAGGAAUGCCUGAGGUGGAAAGGGUCAUUUGAGCAUCUCCUGUCUAGCAAAUAUGGCCUGUGCGCUUUCACUGCCUUCCUAUUAUCAGAAUUCAGUGAAGAGAACAUUGCGUUCUACUUUGCGUGUGAGGAUUACAGGAGUACAAAAUCUCUCGACAAACUACCUGCUAAAGCCCAGAAGAUCUACAACGAAUUCAUCAGCAGCGAUGCUCCACGGGAGAUUAACAUUGACCAUGAAACUCGUGACAUCACCAAAGCCAACAUGCAUUCCCCAUCACCCUGCUGCUUUGACCAGGCACAGCACAGGAUCUACAUGCUCAUGGCGAAAGACUGCUACCCACGUUUUUUGCGCUCACAGGCCUUCAUGGAUAUUCUCAGUCAAGCCAAGCCUAGCACCAAGUACACAAAACAGCCCCAACUGGAGAAGAAGGCAUGA